GUGCGCAUGCGCGUUUCUCCUCGAAGCUCGCCUAUCCACUCCGCUUGUCAUCCCUCCCUCGUCCACCCAUCCAUCCUUCCUCCCUGCCUCCCGUCAGGCUGCUGGUAGGACAGCUAUACUUCUCACCAAGAUCAUCAUCAGCUGAAUAUGUGAGGAAGAUGCCGAUUGGCCACGGCGCGACACCACCAUCCACUUCCGAUGUCCUCGUCGCCGGACGACGCUGACGAUGCCGGGCCUGGCUUCCGCAAUGCCGGCUAUCAGCCUGACUCCGCCCACAAGGACUCGUUUGGCGACGAUGACGACGAGACUUCAGAGGUCACAGAGCGUCCCGUCCGUCGCCACGACCGGCGCUCAUCCGACCGGGGUUUGGCGCUGGCCGUGGUCCUGCUGCUGAGCGGUGUAGCCUUGGUGCUGGUGGCCUAUGCCAUCCCGCGGGAGGCUCGUGUGGACCGGGAUGCUGUCUCAGCCCGCCAGAUGGAGCGUCUGGAGCUUUACUAUGCCCGGCUGGGAUCGCAUUUGGACCGCUGCAUCAUCGCCGGGCUGGGCCUGCUCACCCUGGGCGGGAUGUUCCUCUCAGUGCUCCUCGUGGCGUCCGUCUGCCGAGGCGGGGUUGCCUCAUCCCGCCGCGCGCCCUUCCUUGGCCCCAAAAGGACAUACGGGUCCGUUGGGAUGAGGAUGAAGCAGCUCGCCAGCGGCGAUGAGGAACCACCGGCGCCGCUGGAUGAGUGACAUCGCAUGUGGGAGAAGGAUUAAGGGUGGGAAAUGUCAAGAAAAUUGGGACACACACACAAAAAAAAAAAAUUGGUAUGAAACUAUUGAGACCCCAAAAAAAAUGUGCAAGGUUAACAGAUGUUUUGGGACCAAAAAAAAAAAAAAGUUUCGGAGGGAAAUGUGAAGCCUUGGAUGCCCACAAGUGGGAGCAAUAUCAAGUUGAUAGGAUCAAAUAUUGGGACAAAAGAUAAAUGUGGAAUUGGGACAAAUAUUUUGGGAGUGAAAUUCUUUAAAUUUUAGCAGGGACAUUUGAAGCCAAGUCUAACAAGAGUAUUGGGAUGCCAACUAGUGGGAGCGAUUUCAAGAAGAUAUUGAAAUCAGGGCACAGAAAUAAAAUUUGUUUGGAUGAAAACACGUAUUGAAGAAAAAAUGUGGGGAGCAAUGGGAAAAAAAAAGUUGGGAGUUGGAAUGAAACUAUUGAAAAAAAAAGAUAAGUGAAGAAAUGAAAAAUUUGAAUUCUUAGGAGGAACCCUAACCACAUAGGAGAGCAAUAUCAUGUGGAAAUUGUGAUGCAAAAAAUGACUAAAUAAGAUGAGUGAAAAGAAACAAGGAUUAUAGACAAAUGUUUUGGGACAAAAAAGGAAUUUUAUUUUGAAAAUGUGAAACUUAAGUAUGGCAAUAAUAUUGGAGCGCCCACCUGGGGUAGCAAUGUCAAGAAAAUGUGAAUGUUUGGGAUGCAAAAAAAUGAAAAGUGGCAAUUUGGACCAAAAUUUAAGAAAUAUGGAAUUUGGACAAAAGACUUAUACAAUAACGUGAAUGAUUAAUAUCAGAAUUUGGAUGGAAAGUCAGACAAAAAAGUAGUAUUGGUUGCAAAAAAAGAUAAACAUGCAGGAUUUGGAUAAAAGUCAACCUGCAUUUUGGAGGCCAAUGUCCCCACCCUCCCCCAAAAAAUAUUAUAUAAUCGUAAUCUGCACAAAUAUUUUGGCACAAAAAAAAAAAAUAAAUGAAAUAUGGGAAAGAACGCGUGGCUUGUAUUGUCAACAGCAUGUUUAUGGAAGUGAAAGGUGAGAAAAUGUACCAACAAAUGUAAAAGAAAAGUUUGAACCAAAAUGUUGAGAACACAUAAAACAAAGAAAAUGCAGAAUAUUUGCAAAAAUAAGCGCAAAAAAUGUAUACUCUCCCUACGUAUCUAUGUGUUUAAUAAGCCUUAAAUACCUCUCAUCUCACAUCAUUGGCUGCCACUGACGGCGAUCAACGUCCGACCCAUUUGGACGUCAAUUGGCGUCGAUGGCACUGAAACGUGACCCUUGUAUUUUGGGGUUGUUUUUGUGUGUGAAAAUAAUAAUUAAAACACAAAAUCUAGAUGAAAAUGAUAUCAAAAUGUUGAAGUUGAUAUUUGCUAUUGCUUAGUUUAGGUAGCUAUGACUGUGUGAUUUAAAAGGGGGCGGAGUCAGCAGACAAAAAAAGAGGUGUGGUCUUGGUUGUUGUUGUCAAAGAAAAUGUCUAUUUAUAGCACACGUCAUCCAUUUUGUUUACUAAUACACUUCAAAACAAAAGGUUACUUUGUAAGUAAGAUUUUUUUCCUCAUAAGAGUAUCCUGUGCCGUGAUUGGCUAGAAGACAGGAAGCGGCUACAUGAACAUGUCGUCGAAGCCUGGCGGCGGCAGAUGGUCCGGGUCGGGCCUGUGACAAGUGAGAUAAAAGAACUCGCGUGACCAUAGAUAGCAUAGGUAUAUACAACUAAAUGCGAAAAACACCACGUAAGCUAAUCAGGACGGGUGCUGUCACUUGCCGGCCAUUUUUGGUCAGAGCCAUUCAUUGAACAUAAUAUUAUAUUCCAUGGAGUGUGGAGUUUUCUGGUGUUGUCAAAGUAUGGAAAAGUAUCGAAGUAUCAAGAUACUGAAAUGUAUCCAUAUGGCGGAAAACACUCAGGCGACGAAGUUCCGCUCUGAGACCCCCAAUUUGGCUAACUUUCAAAAUUGUCUGAUAUGAAUGUGUGAUACAUCAUUGGAAAGGUUAAAAUCUCAAUUUUCUGGGAAAAGAAAAAUUUUGAACCGGAGGGCAUUUACAAAAAAAAUUAUACAGUAAAACCCUAAUUGGAGGCGAGAGCACGCGAGAGCAGAAUUAAAGACGCCACGAUUUUAACGAGAUAUUAUCACGUACCUACCUUGUUUCGAUCCAAAAACUCCAUGCAGCAUGUAUCACCGAAUGUCAAGACACAGCUGUGAAUGACCACAGCUGGAUUUCUCUGGGAUUUUAUGGGUGAAACAUGGUAAUAUAACAAGGGUCGCGAUGCAGAAAUCGCAUACAUCAAGGAGUGGUUGAGAUUUUCUUUUUCAUAUAUUUACCCUUUUAAACGUUAUUUUUCAAUUUUUAUUUGUUUGGAUCUAAUAUUUAUCAUCUAUUAUAUUGAGGAAAAUGCGACAGUAACAACAAAAAAAUACAGUUAAGUAGAGAUGUCCCGAUCGAUCGGCAUCCCGAUAGAUCGGGUCUGAUCACGUCAUUUUCAAAGUAUCGGAAUCGGCAAAAAAAUAUCGGACAUGCCUUUUUUUCAUAUAUAUAUAUAUAUAUUAGGGUGUCCCAAAAAAGUAAAUCCAGGAAACUAAUCUCGCACACCCUCUCAAUGCAUUGCACUUCUUGCCAAAGUACUGUGAGAAAAAAUUCACAAUGAUCGCUUAAUAUUUAGGGUUCCCUCAGAGCACAUGUAAUGUCUGCUAUGCUGUAUACAGGGGCCAGCCGGGUAGGGGCGUCAUCCUGAUCUGUUUUCAACUGUCCAUUUGCACUCAAAUGUAUAGAACGUAUGCGGUGUUGCCUUUACCUGGUGUUGACAGUGGCCGAUCCAGAAAAGCUAUCUGAAACUCGAAAGGGGGGGAGGGGGGUUCCCCCCCAAAAUAUUACCGAUUUUGAAAAACUCGUCGGAUUUGGGAAGCUUACCACGUGG